AUGAUCGUUUCCCUCUGGGUGGUGGGGCUGCCGUCCGUGCUCUAUUUGACGACCGACUUCCUCAGCCUGUGGCAGGUCUUCCCCUUCCUCUACAUCCUGCUGGACCUCCUCCUGCUGCUAGCGUGGGCCUUGGUGGACUGGGACUUGGCGGCACAGAGGGCUUCGUGCAAGCUUCAGGCGGGGCCGGCGCCCUCCCCGUGCGCUCGUGCCCGCCACGCCCGGGCGGCGGCCUGGGCCGCCGGCGAGGCCGAGGGCGCCGCCGCCGCCGAGGGCCGGCCCGGGGCGGCCGGGCCUGCCGCGGCGUAG